GCCAUCCACAAGACCACAACCCUAAAAAAUCUUGUCCUCUCCUCCUCGUUCCAUGCCAGCAACGAAGGCGGCCGCGGCGGCCAGCGGCGGCACGGGGGUGCGAGAGGUGGAGGCGUCCUUGUCGGUGUUUGCGAGCCGCGGCUGGAGUAGGGGUGCAGCGACCCGGCGCAGGCGGCGGUGGCCAGCAGAACGGCGGGUGGCUUUCUUGCACAUCUGAGUUUAGGGUCCCUAGUUCAACAAGAAGUCGCCGGUGUUUGUUCAACCACGCCUCGCAUCUGAACCAAAGCGGCGGGGAGAAGAGAACGGCGACGAGGAUGGAAGACACGCCGAUUCGCCGACUUCCCGAGGACACCAUCGCCGACAUCCUCCUCCGCCUACCGGCCAAGUCCAUCCUCCGCUCCGGCGCAACGUGCAAGGCCUGGCGCCGCAUCACCACCGCCCAGCACUUCCUCGUCGCGCGCGCGCGCCGCCGGCAGCCGGCCUCCAUCCUUGCGCACACGUACCUGGACGCGGCGCCAUGGGCGUGCAGCAGCGACCUACUGGCCGGCUUCAGCUCCGAGGACGUCGCGCUGGACGCGCUCCCGGUCUCCUCCCCCGAGGACGACCGACAGCGCCUCCUCCGCUACCCCGCCACGCGUCUCACCGUCCCGGCGCACUGCGGCCGCCUCCUCGCCUCGUCCGACGGCGUGCUCCUGUUCAAGAAGGACAUGGGGUUCUACCUCCUCUGCAACCCCAUCACGAGGCAAUGGGCCGAGCUGCCGAGGCUACCUAACGAGUACUGCAAGGGCAAGUUCUACAUCAACAGUGACCCGGAGUACGGCUUCUACUUCCACCAGCCGUCCGGCGAGUUCCGGCUCCUGUGCUGCAGCCUCACGCGCGGCUUCUGGUACAUCGUCUCCACAGGCGCCGGCAAACCCCGGCACCUCAAACUGAAGCAAGAGCCUGAUCUGAUCACCCGAUUUAUCAGACCCCUGCUCACGACAGCGACGAUGCCCGUGGCUCUCGACGGCAAGCUGCACUGGCCACCGAUCUGGCGCUGCGCCACGGGCAAGACAAGGAUUACAGCUUUCGACACGGUGUCAGAGAUGUUCUGCCAAAUGCCGGGACCGACAUCAAGGACACCCAAGAUGAUGAAGCUGUUCGAGAUGGAAGGGAUGCUCGCGGCGGCUGACUUUGGGGAGGAGAAGCACGUCGACCUCUGGUUCCUCGAGGACUAUAGCAGCCAGAGGUGGGUUCACCGGCAACGGGUCGCCUCGCCAUGGAAAUAUGGUAGUGGAGGAAGGCCACGUAAUGAUUGGGGUAUGCAGUCUGUGGCCGUAGCGGGCGACGACGAAGGCAACAUCAUCCUCGGCAACAAUGAUGGGUUAGUUGUGUACGAUGUGAGGAAGGGUGAGACGGUGAGGACGGUCAACUCGGUGAUGCAGCGGAAAAACAGGGUGUUCGUGUCAAAGCAUGUGUUCAAGGGGAGCACGGUGCAACACACGUGCUUCUUCACACCGUCUUCUGCCGACUCCCCAUUGAUCCACUCUUGGAGCUAAGUCAUGGCUUGGGGUGGUUAUUUGUGUUACACUUCUACUAGUCCAGUGGUAUGGUGGAUAGGAAGAACGUAGUAGAGUUAAUUGACAUGAUUCACUUCGCUUUAGCAUGAGGCAACUUUUGUUUCCUUGCAAAAGAUGUGGCAAUUUGGAUUCUAUUGUUCCACCGGAAAAACUAUGUGCAGUUUCACUGUGGAAAUGUUCUUGCUAUCUCAAGCAUAAUUAUUUUUGGCUGUUGCUAAAAGAUGAUUAAACACAAGGGAACUGCUGAGAAGAAAGAACAUGGACCUGUAAAGUUAUUUUCUUGUUUGUCAAAUUGUGGAGCCACUGCAACAUCUUUUCCUUCA